AUGUUCGCUUUGGAUUUGAAGGGAACAAACUCUGUUGAAGGUAUUAAAUUAGACAUGCUUGAACCUGAAGAGGUGUUUAUAGGUACGAAAGCCAUCAAGCAGAUGAAAAGGCUAAGACUGAUUAUGGUUCGUAACAUACGUGUAUCCGGAUGCCCCAAGUAUCUUUCGAAUGAGAUAAGGUGGCUCAAUGUGCAUGGAAACAACUUGCCAACCACUGUAAAGAGCAAUGGUCUUGCACAACCUAGAAAUCAUGAUUCCAGCCCCACCAAACUUGCUAAGAAUGAGAAACAUCGUGGUCAGAUCAGAACAAUCUUGUUCAAAUUUAGAUGCAAAGGUGCGGCAUCAAGAAAUCGUAGAAUUAAUUGUGGAGUUGCUCUGUCAGACUUUAAAUGUAUCAUGGCUUCCGCAUAUAAGCUUGCCCUGUUUUUAUGCUCCAGAAGACGCGAGGGAUAUAGUUAUAACAAUGGCGGACCAGAUUCUAACAGUGAUGUGCUGUUGGAAGAGUAUUCGGCAGAGCUGGUUCAUGCAACUAAUAACUUCUUUGAUGAUAAUAAGAUUGGAGUAGGCAGCACCAGUUCAGUGUACUGCGGGAUAUUGGAUGAUGGGCGGGAAAUGGCCACCAAGUGGAUAAAUAAUGCACGGCUCAAGGUGGCACUGGAUGUCGCUAGGGGAAUCAAGUACUUGCAUGAAUUUGCUGGUCCUCGAAUAGUACACCGAGACCUCAAGUCAUCAAACAUAUUGCUAGAUAAAAACUGGAGUGCUAAAGCUACCAAUUUUGGACUUUCCAGACUUCUUCCUGAGGAUGAAGAAUCAGACUUUUCGAAUCCUGUUGCCGGCACUUAUAUAGCUCCAGAAUACUAG